CAAGCUCUGAUAGACAGACAGGGAGAUGGCGAUUUCAGACUUGCUCAACCGCCGCGUGCGGGCUGCCCCGGAUGAGGAUGAAGAAGUCUAUUCCGACGAAUCGGCGUCGGGAUCGGAGCCACCCAGCGACGAGGGAAGCUCUGAUGAAUCUGGCUCAGAAAGCGGGCGUGACUCCUUGAAUGGGAGUGACAAUGAUUUUGACUCCGAAUCACAAAACUCAGAAGCAAGCGACUCCAUUUCCGAAGAUGAAGAUGACGACGGCGACGUGAAAUCCUCCCUAAACAACAUCUCGUUCGGCGCUCUCGCCAAAGCCCAAGCCUCCUUUGCUCCCCAAACCAAACGACGCACUAAAAACCUCAAAGAUAAUGAAGGAACCACAGCUUCUCCGUUGGACGACAUCCGAGCUAAGAUCCAAGAAGCACGCGAGCAAAAGCGCAAAGCAUCAUUAGCGUCGAAAGAUAGCAGCGCGAAAUCCAGGGUCGAUAAGCCGCCACCCCGCACCUCGAAACAUGCACCAACAGUGCAAUCUUCAAAAUAUGCUGUUUCUCGGAAACGGACCAUCAUUGAACCGCCUAGUGUACCUAAGUCUCGUGAUCCGAGGUUCGACCCGACGAUUGUGGGAGGUCGAGGCGGGAGUGGCUCUUCUGCACCAAGCGACGCCUAUGCGUUUCUGGACGAUUACCGCGCUGCGGAACUCAGGGCGUUGAAGGAGCAACUUGCGAAGACAAAGGAUGUGAGAAGGCGAGAGGCAUUACAGCGAGAGAUCCGAUCCAUGACGGACAGGCUGCGUACGAUAGAGAAUCACAAGCGGGAGAAGGAGAUUUUGUCGGAGCACAAAAAGCGGGAAAAGCAGCUUAUCCGAGAGGGGAAGAAGGCUACGCCGUACUUCUUGAAGAAGUCCGAUAUUAAGAAGCAGGCAUUGCUGAAGAAGUACGAAGGGAUGAAGUCGAAGGAUCGGGCGAAGGCUCUGGAACGGAGAAGGAAGAAGGCUGCUGCUAAGGAGAGAAAGGAGAUGCCCAUGGAGCGAAGAGGGCUGGGUGGAGAUUCUGAUGCCGCGCCCAGCAAAAGGCGGCGUAUGGCUUGA